CAUGACUUCCUCUUGGUGAAGCCAUGCUGACUGUCUCUAAUGACCCUCUUAUCCUUGAUAUGCCUAGAGACAGCACCAAGGAUAAGUUGUUCCAUCACCUUUCCAGGGAUGGAGGUGAAACUGAUCGUUCUAUAGUUACUAUAGUUAACUAAUACCAGGGUCCUCCUUCUUGCCCUUUUUGAAGACUGGAGUGACGUCUGCUUUCCUCCAGUCCUCAGGCACCUCUUCAAUUCUUAAACUUAACAAAGGUGAUGGAGAGCGGCCUAGCAAUGACUUGCGCCAGCUCCCUCAGCACCCGCAGGUGCAUCCCAUCAGGACCCAUGGAUUGAUGGAUGUUUAGAUUGCUUAAGUGCUCCUUAACCCAGUCUUCAUCACCUGAGGCAAACUCCUCCUCUAUCCUGACUUCCAGUGGGGCCUCAGAGGUAUGGGGCUCCUCAGGACAGCCUCCAGCAGUACAACAGACACAAGGAAGGCAUUCAGUAAGUCUGCCUUCUCUGUAUCUUCUGUCAUCAGGGUACCCACCUCACUCAUCAGUGAGCCUACACUGCCUCUAGUGUUAGUUUUAUCUGCAGUGUAUUUGAAGAAGCCCUUUCUGUUGUCCUUGACCCCGCUUGCAAGGUUUAACUCUAAUGAGGCCCUAGCUUUCCUAGUUGCCUCCCUGCAUCCUCCGACAACCGUCUUCUGUUCCUCCCAGGUGUCCAGCCCCUCCCUCCUUCCGUGAUCUUUAGACUCUCCUCUUCCACUUGAGCUUGCCCAGCAGUUCCCUGUUUAACCAUGCAUGUCUCCUGGCUCCCUUUCUUGACUUCCUACCUGUUGGGAUGCUCUGAUUUUGAGCUUGGAAGAAGCAGUCCUUGAAUGCUAACCAUCUAUCUUGGGCCCCUUUACCUUCAAAUACCCUGCCCCACGGGAUCUCCCCUAGCAACUGCUUGAAAAGUUCACCCUCCUGAAGUCCAGGGCUGGGAUUCUGCUUGGUAUUCUGUUCUGGCCGCCGGAGAUCCUGAGCUCUACCACCUCCCGUUCACUGCAACCAAGGCUGCCAUCAACCUUCAUCACUUCCACCGGACCCUCCUUGUUAGUGAGAAUAAAAUCCAGCAGCGCUCCUCUCCUAGUUGGCUCAUCCACCCCUUGCAUCAGGAAGUUAUCAUCAGUGUGCUGGAGGAACCUCGUGGGCUGUGGUUGGAUGGCUGGCUGGCUCAGCCAGUAGGCCUUCCAGCAAAUAUCAGGGUAGUUAAAAUCCCCUACAAUAACCAGGGCCGGUAAUUGCGAGGCUGCUAUCAGCUGUCUGUAGAAGACCUCAUCAGCUUCCUCGUCCUAAUCUGGUGACCUGUAAUAGACACCCACAGCAGGAUCACCCAUGCCAGCAGCUUCCUUCCCACCUGUCUGGAAGAUCAGUAGCAGGUAGUAGGCUGUCGAGUGCAGCAGGUUGGGAGUGUCCCAGUGAUCAUCUCCCUGCUCCGGGCUUCAGGUAGACUGCAGACUUAGGGGUCAAGCCUGCAUACUGGGCCCUCUGUUCCUCUCAGAAGGGAAUCACCUACUACAGUUACCCUUCUUCCUUUCUUACUGGAGGAGUCUUGAGGCAUGGUGUCAACUGCCUCUUUCUAUCUGGCCUCAUAGAUGGGCCUGCCACCACAUCCUCACCUAGCUCUCCCUCAAGAUCCAGGGCCUCAAACCUACUAUGGAGGGGUGCCUGGGGAAGGGAGGUAGGUAGGGAGGGGGGUUGCCUGCAGUGCUGAACUAGGACUCACUUCCAACCCUCCUCGUCUUUUUGGUCCCCUACCUCAGCCUCACAGGGACGGGGUAUGGGCUUUACCACGCUCUGGGGGGCAUCCCCCCUGGUGCCCUUCCCUCCAGCACACCAGGGAGUUACUCCACCCAUCAGUCUCCUGCUCACAUGCCCUGAUGCUCCUUAGCCUCUCCACCUGUCGAAGGCUCUCCAGUAAGCAAGCGCAGGCUGUCUGUCCUGAAGGCAGGCUGAGUGCUGCGGGCUGUUUCCUCAGGGCAGCAUCUGGGGAGCUGCCAUGUCCCAGCCCACAGCUGAAGCAGGCUGGUGCACACAUUGAGAGAAUCUGCACCCACGUGUGCCUUCUGCCUGUGGAUCACACAACCCAUCUCCGGGCACUGCAGAUCCCUUAUGAAGAAGCAUAUGGCAACAGGUCUUGACAGCUUCUCUGCUUUGUUCUCCAUUCCAGAUGAUCGUGUUGGCGACAUGUAUGCAGCAUACCCCAUGGAAGCUGAUCUGGAACGUGGCAAGGAACGCAGUGAUCUGCCUGUACGCCGCAUAUCGAGGCUGCGCCGUUUUCAUCAGCCUCAAACCUACCGCAGGGCUGUUGCACCUAGGAUUCCUCCUUCCCUUUCUCAGAUGGAUCUUGGUUUUGAGCCUGAAGAGUAUCCCAGAGGUGCUGGCGGUGUGAGAUCUGCAGGGAGCGUGGAUCGGAAAGGGGGAGAAAAUCACCUUGCAGCUGCGGUGCUUGCCAUCCUGUUCUCUCUGGUCAUUCUUGCUGCUUUGGGUUACCUGGCAAAACAGCUGCUGAUGAAGAGACAAGCAGGAGCAAUGCUAGGUGAAACUGGCAGAGACGUGAGAAACAAAGAUCCAGCUCUGCUAAAAAAACCACGGAACUUAACGAGAAUUACCAUAGAAGUUGAAGAUCUUUCAGGGAAUCCAAACCCAAAUCUGAGUGUGUUCUCUAUUCAACUUUCUCGCCGCUCGCUGCCUUACUCUGCCAGCCCCCACAGCAAUCCUCUCAGCCUGACUUCUGCAGGCAGUGAGGAAUCGAUGAUGACUCCUGCCCGGCCGCAAGCAAGAAGACACCAAACUGUAGUUCUCUCUUAGCAGCUUUCCCAAUUCCAUCAGUUCAUUGCAUGAUGUCCACACUGAUGGAUGACCAUGACAGCGUUCACCACCUAUUCCGUAUCAUGACAUCAUGCCCAAGUUGUACAACGCAGAUACAUGUAUCUAUAUGGUCAAUAAACUAUACUUAACAUUA